GUCCGCCCCAGGAGAACAUGGCAAACCCUAAAGAGAAAACUCCAAUGUGCUUGGUGAAUGAGUUAGCCCGUUUCAACAGGAUCCAGCCACAGUACAAGCUCCUCAACGAGCGAGGCCCUGCACACGCUAAGAUCUUCACCGUGCAGCUGACACUUGGGGAGCAGGUGUGGGAGGCGGAGGGCACCAGCAUCAAAAAGGCUCAGCACUCCACCGCUGCCAAAGCACUGGCUGAGAGUGUCCUUCCCAGACCAGCACCUCGCUCCCCUAAAGUUGACAUCAACAGUAACCCA